AUGGGAUUCAAGACAAGACAGAAGACAAGAAGAAGAGUGAUAUACGGAGGAACAAACUCGAGGGUGACCUAAGGACGCUGACAAUUCAAACUACAUUUGAGGAGGUGCAUCUUUGCGACUUCAAAGACGAAGACAAAUUUAAUUUAGGAAUGACACUGUGGGACGUAACGGAUCAGCAGUUAGUUUGAUAAGAGAGCCGUAACGUCCCACGAGAGGAUUAUUUGGACGUGCCUGAAUAGUUAACCAAAACAAUUUUAGGACUUCUUACUGGAAGCGUCAUGUCUCCUUCACAACUUGGGAUUGUCCUCCUGUGUUGUCUACCUUUGGCAGCAUGUUUGCGCUGUUACACCUGUUUGUUUCCAGCCAUCUCUCCUAUGGACUGCUUUAAGUUUCCUCAGGAGUGUCCAGCUGGACAGCGCUGCCUGUCCAGUACUGCAACAGGGAGACGGGGCGCUCUACAAGUGACGAUGUACGAGAAGAGCUGUGCCGUACCGUCCCAGUGUGGUGUGAGUGGACAGAAAUACGCCUCAGGGCUCUACUUCAAUUACACCAACAUCUGCUGUGACACAGACCUGUGUAACGGGGCUGGGUCCUUUGCUGCCCUCAGCUGGGAAGGAGCAGCUCUCUGCCUGCUGCCUGCGCUCUCUCUGCUGCUGGCCUGAACAGCAGAGGUGGUGGGGGGCGGAGGUUUGGAUGGGUUUCAGAGGUUAAAAUCAGAUUUUUUUUCUACCCAUAGUAUCUACAUAUCUCCUUAAAAGUAACAAAAAUAAAUCAAUGACUAAACAUAUAAAAAUAAAUAGAUGACAGCUGUGUGACGUGAUGUACAAUAACAAUCUGUAAAUACUAAAAUACACUGUCAGUAAAAUAAGAAACCAGUACCAAAAUAUACAAUAUUGACAAAAAUUCUCACCUCAAGGUCCACUGAGUGGCUGUUCUGGAGCUUUCAAUCACAUAUCUACUCAGUUUUGUGUUUCAAUCACAUUUAAAAAGACUUCUGGGCCCUUUGACGACUUCUGUUCCAUUAAAAAGUUGGUUUAUAGUUCAUUCUUGACUUUGGAAACAGCAACUCACAAAACAAUCUCACCUCGAGGUCCUUUUAGUUGCUGCUCUAGAGCUUUUAAUCAUAAAGCAUGAUCUUCUUCAACAAAUUGAUACCUGUUGAAGACUGGUCAGCAAAGUUAUUACAGGUAACUAAGACUAAAGUAAAAACUACAACUAGAUGUGAAAAACAUUUUAUCGAACUGAAAUAAAAAUAAAACUAGGCUAAAAAAAAAAUAAAAUUAUAU